GAAUUAAAAUCCAUCAUUUUCAUUUUCUCUCUCAAAAAAUUUUAUUAGCGUAUUAGAUUCUCUCUUUCACUCUCACAGUAUCUCCGCUCUACUGCACACUCCACCGCUUUCCUUUUUAUUUUUUAUUUUUUAUUUUAAUUUUCCUCUUUCGUUUUCUCUCGCUUUCCCGCAUUUUCUCGAGAAAAAGAAGCUUGGAGCCGAACGCACCUUAGGAGAAUCCUUAGAACAUAUCAGUAUUUUUUAUUCACAUUGUCUCGUCGUUUUGCUUCCAAAACCGCAAAUUCUCGUCUUCUUGUUUUGUUUUAUUCAAAUCUCUAAGCCAAAGAGUACAAUAUAAAACACACACAGAGACGCACACACUCUCUCUCUCUCUCUCUCUCUCUCUUCAAAGAAUUAGAUCGAUUGAUUUGUGUUUAAUUAGUUUCGUAAUUUUAGCUCUGAACUUUGAUUCUUUUUUUCCUUUUUCUUUUCAGAGCUUAAAGAAAAAAAUGAUGUGAGGUAUCGAUUAGCUGGGAGAGAUAGAGUGUGUGUGUAAUUUAGGGUUUGGUGCUGAUAGAUGAAGAAAUGUGUAAGUUCAGUUGUAAUCUUAGGGUUUUGAUAGUGAAGGAGAAAGUUAAUUGAUGUUACCAGUAGAGAAAAUGACUGUAAAUGAACAGUCUAGGCCUGGUCCUGUGGAGAGAGAUAUUGAGUUGGCUAUCACUGCUCUUAAAAAAGGAGCUCAAUUACUCAAAUAUGGACGUAGAGGGAAACCAAAAUUUUGCCCUUUCAGGCUGGCUAAUGAUGAAUCUGCUCUAGUUUGGCUGUCAGGAAAAGAGGAGAAGCAUCUUAAACUGAGUCAUGUCUCCAGAAUUAUAUCUGGGCAGCGCACUCCAAUAUUUCAGAGAUAUCCACGGCCUGAGAAAGAAUACCAGUCAUUUUCUCUUAUAUAUGAUGACAGGUCCUUAGAUUUGAUUUGCAAGGACAAAGAUGAAGCUGAAGUCUGGAUUACUGGUCUAAAAGCAUUAAUAUCACGUAAUCAUAUGAGGAAAGGGAGAGGAGAAUCUAGAAGUGAUGGAAUCUCAUCUGAAGCAACUAGCCCUAGAGCACACACCCAAAGAAGUUCUCCUUUGAGUUCUGCAUUUGGUAGUGGCGACAGUUCACAGAAGGAUGAAAUAGAUCCCCUACGUCUUCGUACUCCAUACGGCAGUCCUCCUAAAGCUGGUCUAGAAAAGGUGUUAUCUGAUAUGGAAUUGUAUGCUGUUGCUCCUAAGGUUCUAUGUCCGCCUGAAUCUGCUUGUGGCUCAGUACAUUCAGUGUCAUCAGCUGGAUCAGAUGCAAUAAAUGGGCGUUUAAAGGGUAUGACUGUGGAUGCUUUUAGAGUUAGUUUAUCAAGUGCUGUUAGCUCAUCAAGUCAAGGCUCUGGGCACGAUGACAGUGAUGCAUUAGGGGAUGUUUACAUUUGGGGAGAAGGUACUGCUGGUGGUAUUCUUGGUGGGGGAAUGAAUGGAGUUGGAGGAUCUGGUGUUAGGACUGAUUCUUUUGUUCCUAAAGCCUUGGAAUCUGCAGUCCUACUGGAUGUUCAGACUAUAGCUUGUGGUCGCCGACAUGCUGCUUUGGUAACAAAACAGGGGGAGGUUUUCUCUUGGGGCGAGGAGCUUGGAGGCAGACUUGGACAUGGUGUUGACUCUGAUGUCCUGCAUCCAAAACUUGUUGAUGGCCUAAAAAAUACUAAUGUUGAACUUGUGGCAUGUGGAGAGUACCAUUCUUGUGCAGUAACACUUUCUGGUGAUUUAUAUACAUGGGGUGGUAGUUCUCACAAUUGUGGGCUCCUUGGAUAUAGAAAUGAAGCCAGUAAUUGGGUUCCAAAAAAGUUAAAUGGACCUCUAGAGGGAAUACAUGUCGCAGCAGUCUCAUGUGGACCAUGGCACACAGCUGUUGUGACCUCUUCUGGGCAAUUGUUUACUUUUGGAGAUGGUACUUUUGGUGUUUUAGGCCAUGGAGACCGGAGAAGUGUAUCUACACCCAGGGAAGUGGAGUCCCUCAAAGGCCUUCGCACUGUGCGAGCAGCCUGUGGUGUUUGGCACACUGCUGCCGUUGUUGAAGUCAUGGUUGGGUCUUCAAGUUCCAGCAAUUGCUCUUCAGGAAAGCUGUUCACGUGGGGUGAUGGAGAUAAAGGUCGUCUUGGGCAUGGUGAUAAAGAAUCCAGACUGGUUCCCACUUGUGUUGCUGCUCUAGUUGAACCCAACUUCUGUCAAGUUGCUUGUGGGCAUAGCAUGACUGUUGCAUUGACAACUACAGGCCAUGUUUACACAAUGGGAAGCCCUGUAUAUGGUCAACUUGGGAAUCCUCAAGCUGAUGGCAAGCUCCCUGUUCGUGUUGAGGGGAAGCUUAGUAAAAAUUUUGUUGAAGAACUAGAUUGUGGUGCUUAUCAUGUAGCAGUUUUAACUUCAAGAACUGAGGUUUAUACCUGGGGAAAAGGUGCAAAUGGACGGUUAGGUCAUGGCGACACAGAUGAUAGAAGUUCCCCGACAAUUGUUGAAGCUUUGAAGGACAAACAGGUUAAAAGUGUUGUUUGUGGCACUAGUUUUACUGCAGCUAUUUGUCUGCACAAGUGGGUAUCUGGUAUUGAUCAAUCUAUGUGUUCUGGCUGCCGCCUUCCUUUUAAUUUCAAAAGGAAACGGCAUAAUUGUUAUAAUUGUGGACUUGUUUUUUGCCAUUCUUGUAGUAAUAAAAAGUCUCUCAAGGCUUCCAUGGCACCAAAUCCCAACAAACCUUAUCGUGUCUGUGAUCAAUGUUUUGGCAAACUUAGGAGAGCUACUGAAAUAGACUCUUCAUAUCAUUCUGCUCUAAGUAGAAGAGGAAGUAUAAACCAGCGACUGAUUGAAGCUGAAAACAGUGAGUAUCCCAAUACAAGAUCCCGUAUCCAACUUGGAAGAAAUAAUUCCAUAGAAAUGUCCAAAGAUGUGGAAAGUGAAUCUUUGAAAAGAAACAAGAAGUUAAGCUUGAAUGGCUCUCAGGUUUCACUCUCUGCAAAUGAUUCUUCUCAGCGCAAUGCAUUUAAUACCUCUAAAUCCUUUGGUUCAUCCAAGAAAUUUUUCUCGGCUUCUCUUCCGGGAUCCAGAAUUAUGUCUAGAGCAACAUCACCAACUUCAAGACGAUCGAGUCCACCUCGUGCAACAACACCAACUCCAAUCCUUUCAGUGCGUGCAUUGCCAAGAAUUGUUGUGGAUGAUACUAAAAAGUUAAAUGAUGGUCUUAGUGAAGAAGUUGUUAAAUUAAGAUCUCAGGUUGAAGAACUAACUCGCAAGGCUCAGCUUCAAGAUGUUGAGCUUGAAAGAACAACCAAACAAUUGAAGGAAGCUAUUGCAGUGGCAGACGAGGAGACUGCAAAAUGCAAAGCAGCAAAGGAAGUAAUCAAGUCACUUACGGCCCAAUUAAAGGAAUUGGCUGAAAGGUUGCCUGUUGUACCAACAAGAAACAGCAGUUCACCUUCCUUCUAUUUUUCUAGUGCCACUCCACCAAGGGAAGUUUCAUCUGCAGUCAAUGAGCACCUGAGUAGUCCCACAACUUACCAUGAACCAGAUUCUAAUGGAUCAAGCAACCUGGUGAUUUCUAAUGUGUCCAGCACUGCUAGCUAUCAAACUUUAAAUCACCCUGAAGCAGCACAUUUGGAGGCAACAACUAGGAGUAGAAACAGAACAGCAAAAGUUGAACCUGCCCAUGGUGAUGAAUGGGUUGAGCAAGAUGAACCGGGUGUGUACAUUACCCUUGUGUCCUUGCCUGGAGGUGCUAAAGAUCUUAAGCGCGUCCGUUUCAGUCGGAAGCGAUUCAGUGAGAAACAAGCAGAACAAUGGUGGGCAGCAAACAGGGCAAGAGUAUAUCAACAGUACAAUGUUCCCAUGGUUGAUAAAUCUAUUGUUGGUAUAGGGAGGGAAGGUUUAGCUCAUUGAACUCCCACGAUCAAGAAUCAAAUAGAGUGGCACUUGCAAAUUCUAGUCUUUGGAAAUUCAGAAAUUGGUUAUAAAUUUCUGUUCUGAUGAUUUGAGGAAGCCAAUUUUGAUUUUAGAGGGUAAGGGUGUUGCUAAUUUCUUCAUUUUUAAAUUUUUUUUUCUUUGGGGGUCUCUGGUUCUCCCUCAAUCUGGCUUAUUGCCCUUAAAGAUAUUCUCGCAGUAAAUGUAUACAUAUUAUUCCCAUAAUUUUUACAAAAGGGAAGCUUGAAAAGCAGAGAGGGGGUUAAUGUAAAUUCUUUGUAAGUAGGUUGCUGGCCUUGAAUUCAGAACAGCUGCCUUUGUAUAUUCGUAAGGAUGAUGCUAUACAGAUUGGUGUCAUUCAUACA